ACUAUUGACUGAUUCUGAACAUAGAGAAUAAUGUACAAAACUAAUUUAUCGUUUUAUUGUAUAAGUUUUUGUUAAAAUAUAUUGUAAUAUAUCUUAGUGUAAGUGUAAUUAUGCCUCCGUUUACGUAAAAGUGAUAAAAGACAGCCCGUCGAGUGCUACGCGGCCAUUUUACUUGCAAUGCGGCAACGGUGUACGGUCCGCCAUUGGAAACAGCCAGUGUCUUCUGUGUGCAAGAUUUGUAUUGUGUUUUUGGUUUAGAAACAUAGGAUAGCCAUGUGUGAUAAAAGUGUAGUGCGGACUUUAGUGUAGUGAAGCACGGUGGUCGGGUGUUUCGAAUAAUGUGCGAACGAUGGAAAACGAAGUAAAGCAGCGCAAUCAGCGAAACAGGCGAAGGGAACGGGCUCAGCGCAUGCAAGCACAGAGAGAGAGUAAGGCUAAAGAUGGGGACAGUGGCGAGGAUGAGUCCCCUGCGAGAGAAAAGCCUCCUCGCCCGGUGGCCAGGAGAAAGAAGUCCAAGGAGCCUCUGGGCGAGGAGGAUAUCAUCGAUGGUUUCGCCAUAAUGGCAUUUCGCACCUACGAAGAUCUCGAAGCUGCAGUAAAAUGUGCUUCCUCGCCGCGCACGAAUGCGCUGUCAACCAAACCUCGCCUGCCGCUGGCUGCACUCGCCGGAGACGCAACCCGCAACCACCCGACUAACAAUGUCAACUCUAACGGUUUAACGCUGAUACAAGACGCUGGUACGUCGGAUGACAGCGGCAGAGCGUCAGAAAGACUCACUGGCAGUUCCGUGGCACCACGCGAUCCCGACUCCUCGCGCGAUCGUCUUAGUGACGCCAGUAGCCGCUGUAGUUCCGGAAAAGGCUAUAUCUGUGAUAGUGAAGGCGAAGAUGACAAGGCGAGUCCAGAAAAUAGCAGGAAUGCCUCUCCGAGAUAUCACGAUGCAUCAAUGGACGAUGCAUCAGACGCAGGCUCUCUGUUCCGGGUGACAGGAGUGGGUGCGGGUGGCGGUAAAAAUGACCUCGUCGCUAGGGGAGGUAGUGGAGGAGCCCUGGCUUUGUCUAGGGCACCAGUCGGCGGAAGUGCCAGUCCGGCGCCCGCGCCGCUGCCUCAGCCCGCCCCGAGCCCCGCCCCGGCUGCCCUUCCUCCGCCUGCCCUGCCUCCGCCACCAUUCCGCGCUGACACACCGCACAGGCCUAACGGCGCUCACAUUCCUGCCAUAGACGGUCAGGCCGCGACACAAAUACCUGCCCGACCAGUCGGGGCAGCCGGCCCUGACACACCUGAACGGCCCGCGAGUAACAACAAGCUGCAGCCUGGUGCUCGCGCAGCCGCCGACAGUCCUACACCCGCUCCACCAGCUCCGCCCGCUCCUUCACCCCUCUUCCCUUCACAUACGGCGUACCAAGCGCACGCUGCUGCCCUUCCCGAUUUCCGCCUUACUAACCAUGAGACGCGGACCGAGCCGCCUUCCGCAGAACAAGCCCAUGCGCCUCUUGAUCUGCACGCUCACCACUCAUCUCCGCGACCGCCGCAGAUCGCGCCCACUGCCACGCAACCCGCACACCCUAGUCUCCCCAACCGCGUCCCACAAUCUCAGCCGCAUACAGUUAUUCCUGCACAUGAAGUCCGGAGCGCGCCACCCUCUCAGCCCCACUCCUCCAUUCCUACCUCGUAUCCAAACCGUGUCGGGCCUAAUGUGCCACAGAACAUCGUCCCGCAGAUGCCGAUGCCGACUACUACGGGUUCAAAUUGUCUUCCGAGUCAAGCGCAAGCACCAACGCCGCGGCCCGCCUCUCCCGCGGCGCCUUCCCGACCUUACCCUACCCCAAUUAUUGGCUCUAGUCAUGUAAACUCGAGUAUAAGUUCCAAUAUGCACCAUGCUAUUCCUAGCUACCCAAGUCAAGCGAGUUUACAGAAACAUUCCGUUCCUUAUCCGGGUAGGCCGUCGCAUCUUGCGCCCUUCAGCGUCGCAAACCACUUACCUUCAAGCCAUUUGCCUGGGUCGACGCCCGCACCGACGCCUACGCAUUUAAGUCACCCAAUUAACAGCCAUUCCAUUUUGAGCCACACGAGUCAUAUCCCGAUGUCAUCUCACCCGCUAGGCUCGACGCCUAACCACGUGGGGCAGGCAAUAUUCUCGACGGCAACCGCUACCAGUACGAUAGCAAGUAUGACGCCGAGUAUGAAACCCAGUCUGCCUCACUCGGCUGUUCCGUCACAACCGAGUCACAUGGACACUUCCCCCGUGACGUCAGCGCCCGCUGUAAUCGCAUCUAGCGCUACCAGCGGUCACCCUGCGCCUCCGCCGGUAGUGGACACGAGACCGCCUGAAAUAUCGCGUAUAUCUGACAGUGUGGCGGUGGUUAGCUCAUCCCUAGCGCCUAACGGGUACCCGCCGCCUGCAGCGUAUUCAAAUGCGUACCCUACAUUGUACGCACCCUACGCCCCAACUUUGCAACACAGUCCAUAUCUUCCGCCUUCUGCUGCAUCACCCAGGAAUACCAAUGACACGAGGACAAGUCUAGCGGCCUCUCCACUGGUCGCACCAAAAACACCUAAAGGAGUUCGCCCACACACGCCAGGCUCGCUCGGUGGUGCGGGUGUGCACGCGCCUUUAUCCUACUCUCCACGGACUCAAAGCCCUAGCAGAGAAAGAGAAAGUUUCAGUAACAUCAGCAGUCUAUCUCGCAGCACGCCCGCCUCAUCAGCGAGCGCGGCGGCGUCCGCUGCCUCGCUAGUACCGACAAUGCCCGCUCCGCUGGCCGCUCCGUUACCCGCCCCGCUACCAGCUCCACUCGCUGCACCUUUAUCUGGUCCUGUGCCAACGCACAGCGGGUCAGUAGGCUUACAGCCAUCAGUAGCCCCACUUUCAUCCCUUAGUGGGCUCGCCACACUUGCAGCUCCGACACCUACUGCCCCCGCCCCAGCCCCGCACCUGUCCCAUUCUUUAGCCCCAGUGCCUACAGUGCCCAGCAUCAGCUCAAGUGCCAAACCGCCCGCCCAUUGGGGGGUAACCAGGCCGGCCCCGUCAGAGCGCAGUGCUGGAUUUGCGCCUGCGCCGCCAUUGUUCGGAGCGCCACUCGCGCCUAAUCCUAAUCCCUUCUCGGCGGAAUCGCUCUUCCAAUCCAGUCCAGGCGCGGAUCUCCUUCGUAGAGAGUUGGACAACCGGUUCCUGGCUGCAGCUGGAGCGGUGCGUACGGAGCUUCAUCAUCACCAGCACCAACACACCCAUGUGCACCAGCAUCCGGCGCAUGCGCCGCCCCAUCCACAUCAGCUGAUGGUGCCACACGCCCCACUCUUCAAGGAUGUUGGCAAGAUGUCUUCGCUGUACCGAUCCGGGCUGAGUCUAUAUCCAUACUCCUCAAGUUUGUUACACCCUACAGCGCCUUACGUACCGCCUGCCCCACUCACUACAUAUGCACCUAAGCCCGUAGUGUCAUCAAGCGAGUCCGCCUCUAAACCGCCACAACGCCCCGCUGUCGCGAAAACUGGAAAAUGGAACGCGAUGCACGUACGUAUCGCUUGGGAGAUUUACAACCACCAACAGAAGGAGAAGACUGGUUCGGGUGCGGCGCCUUCUGCCAUGGACAAGGACAAACUCCGGGCCUUCCCCGCCCCUGCCCCACCGCCGCCCGCAUACCGCUCGCCCUACGAUCUGCCCCCACCCUAUAUGCAUCACGCACCGCUAGGUAUAGUGCGUCACCCAUCUCGUGCGGCAUACGGUAGUGCGCCGCUGGGAGCAGAGCGUGAGCUGGGCGUUUCAGGAGUGUCCCCAUUCACGCGGUACGGGGGCGGGUUCCCUGGGGCGCCCUAUUCUCUGCCGUACGGUCGAGAGCUGGCGCUUUCUGCACCAUUACAUGCUGUGCCCCAUCCCUUAGUUCACGACGCUUGGCGGCCGCACCGCCCCCCUGUUUCAACGCCGGCUGAAGUCCGCCGAGAGCACGAGGAAAGGGAGAGAGCGAGACGUGAAAGGGAGGAAAGAGAACGACGGGAUAGAGAGGAACGCGAGCGACGUAAAGCUAGGGAACAGCGCGAUAGGGACAUAGAGAGAGCCCGAGUUCGAUCCCCUCACCGUUCCACGCAUCCCUCGCACCAAGAACCCAAGGACGAGCGAAAGGAACCUCCCCGACCGCCGACGCUUCCCUACCCCCCGCCACACUGGGAUCCCUACAGAGCCGCUUUCGACCCCCUGCAGCACAUGCGCUUCGCCCCCCUGGUCGAAGCCGCCAUCCGAGCAGAGGAAGAUCGAGCGAAGAUGUUGAGUGCCUACGCCCACCACCAGCAGCUCAAGUCGAGUCCGCUGCUGCACCACAGGAGCGGCGUGGGGGCACCGCUCCCUCCCAUGGGCGGCCAUAUGGCCCCGAUGGCGCCCCUCGCCCCGCCCAUGGCCCCGCUCGCCCCUCUCGACCUGCUCAAGAAGGAAGAGCCGCGAUGAUAGCGGCACCACGCGAUUCGCGAAUGUAAAUAGUGUAGCGUGAACGCGGAGUGAGAGGAUGUGUUGACUUGCGGCUCGGCAGACGCGGCGACGAUCUAUGAAUGUGUUUGUGAAAUUAAUGUAACGCAAUGGCGUAUUGCAAUUUAGUCAUAGCGAAGUUUUCGUGACACGGCCCGCUCUGCCGAGCUGCAAUGCGUCGUACUAUCGUUUUAGAAAAUUAUUUAUUGUAUCGUCGCUUGCUGAAUGGCCGCCGCGUGCGUCUCUCUAUAGUGUAAUAUUAUAUCGUAGUUUUUAAUUACACACGAUCUUUUAGUCUUACAGCUCGUCUCGAAUACGUGAGAACGGUGUAAUUGAGAUGAAAUACAAUAGAUAGCUAUUGUUUGGAAAUUUGUAAAGUACAGUGGUCGUGUGUAGAGUGGUAGUGGGGGGAGGGUCGCACGGGGCGGGGCCGGGGAAGGGGUCGCUGUGUGCAAUAUGGGGCCGACUGAGCACUCGCAAUCGCGUGCCCGUUUCAUAUGGUACUUUUAAGAGUAUCUCGAGCCAGUCUAGUUUGGUCUUGUCAACAAUUAAAAAAAAACAAGACAUCUUGAAAUUUAAGCAUGCUAUGUUUCAUGCCGCAGAAUAAAUCUUAAUAAAUACUCUAAAGUAUAUAUAUAUAUAUAUGACUUACAGCCAAUGUAUAUAUUUGGACAAUAUUUUUCAAUAACCAAUGAAUGAAGUCAGUUGCCAGUGGACAGCCGGCCUAAGACGAGAUCUCGAAGCGCCCUGUAAACUUCCGCUUGUUUAUUUACAUGAGAUAUCUAUCGAGUUGUUAACGUGUCACCAUCAUUAGUUAAAUAUACAUUCAAUCGCAUUAUUUGAAGAAUAGAUACGGUGAACGGAAUCGCUAUCGAUAUAAUUAUACAUAUUUAUAUAUACUUAUAAAUAAAAUGUAAAUAUUAGAUUGUAAAUUAGUAAUUAAAAUAUAGAAUCGGUUUAUUUAACGUCAAAUAAAAUAAAAAUCCCAUAAAUUAUUAUUGUAUCGGGAGUUUAAUUUUUACUUCCGUUAAAAAUCUCAAAUGGUUUUUCAAUUGUACCAGUGUUGGUUUUAUUUAUUUAUGAUAUGUACUCAUUUCUUCCGUGAUUCUUUAGAAGCAAUAUGUCUGUUGUAAUAGCAGUUGACUCUUUGCAUUUAAAAUAUGUGAUAUUAUUAUAUUGUAAAAUGCGUUUUGUCUGACUUCAGAGUAGUAUCUAUUUGCAGUUAGAUAAUAUUACAAUAAUAAUAAAUUAUCAUGUUGCAUUCUUCCUUUAAUUAUUUCCAAGUAGCAUUUCGAUAUAAAAUUUGUUGUUGCUUCCGUUUUUAUACCCAACAUGUGCCAUGUUUUUUGUGAAUGUUGGGUCAGACAAAAUUACAAUGUUAAGGCACUUCAAAUUGUGUUCCAAUUAUUUUAUUUAUCAAAAAUGUAUUAUAGUUUAUACAAAAAUCAUUCUGUAUACUAAAAAGUAAAUGAAAGCUUGGUGCGAUUCAGAAAAUACCAUUAAAACUUUUGAUUUUUAUACCAA